AUGCGCCUGCGGGCGGACCCUUACAGAUUACAGAUUCUUGCUCAUAAAAUUCUUCUGCGCCGUAUCUUACUCGAGUACAGAGGCUUUGUAUUGCUCGUCGGGCCGUGCCACGGCGCUCGGCCUGUUGAGAGAAGACCUUCCCCGACGGCAGUGACAAUUUACCCGACAUCAAUCGUCGACGGCAAGCUCGAGAACUGCGCCUCCAAAGGCAUGCCUGACUGGCUCCUGCUAGCCGUGCGUCCUGGUGGCAUCCAUUGCCAGCUCAGGCGCCGCUCGGACUCGGUUGACGGCCGCCCAAGUGCUUGGCUCGUGCCCAGCCGACCGGCAGGCGAUGCCCACUCGCUGCUAGGCUAAUCUCGGGCUGUCAAGCGGCGGUGUGGUGCCGUGAAGGGCAGCGGUGCCAAAACUACGACUAUUAGUACCGUGCGGGGGCAGUGCAUUUAAUUCUGUCAAAAAUCGAAAUGUGCUC